CAUUUACCACCACUUGAACUUGUGUUGUCUCUGUGCAAAUUGUGAAGCUCUGUAUUGCGCAUUGCAUUCCUGGACACAAAGUGAAUUAUUCUCGAAUUGCAAUGGCUGCUUCUGCAAAGACUCUCACUGCUGAAAAUCAUACUGUAAACGAACAGUGGACAGUCGUUUCAUCUCGUCGUGGCAUCAAGAGAAGAAACUCGCCCAGAACGCAAACCCUAGCUCCGAAGCAGCAGCAGCAGCACCACCACCACCAUCCUUGGGCUCCAACCGAUUCCGAAAUCAACUUUGCCCGAGAAUCAAAGCUGAUGCAGAAGAUGCAGAUCUACAUGAAGAAAUUGGAGACGUCUCGCUUCUUUCUCACUUUACUGGAUCAAAUCCACCCGGAAUUGACCAAUUGCUUCCUCAAGGUUCUGAGCUCUGAGUCGAAAAUGAACAUGGUGAUAUACGGAAUUGGCAGCCUCGAGAGCUACGAUUCGCCUCGGUUGCAGUUGAGCCUUGCGAUCUUGCUGAAGAGAAAUGUCAGCUGGAUUGGAGAUAUAGAGGUGUUUGAUCCCGUUCUUUCUGCCACCGAAACUCGAGUUCUGGAAGCUCUUGGCUGCUCUGUGCUGUCUGUAAACGAGCAAGGCCGGCGUCGGGCUCAAAAGCCGAUGAUGUUCUUCAUGCCGCAUUGCGAGGCAGAGUUGUACGAUAAUCUUCUGCAGGCGAAUUGGGAAGUGCGGCUGUUGAAUUGCAUCGUAUUGUUUGGGAAUAGCUUUGAGACGUACGAGCAGCACCUGUCGGAGUUUAAGAACUCGUCCAUUGUCGACUCGACGACGCAUAUCUUGGCUGCUCGAAAAUUCACAGAUGAGUUCGGAAUUAAGACAGUUUCUGAUGAUUAUUUUGGCGCUUUUCAUGAUUCAAGUUGGCAUUUUUUCAGCCCUGCUCUUGAGACAGAACUGCAAUUUACCAGUUGCUGAUAAUGAUUAUUCAAUGCUUGUUGAGAAAUUUAUUGAUGAUUGAAUCGAGCUUAAUAGCGUUCUAGUACUUAUACAUCCUCUAGUAUUCGUACAUCUGUAAGAUAACGCUUGGUUGUUGUUGUUGUUCUAUUGAAUCGAAUUAAGGCAGUUUCAGAUUAA